AUGUUUUCGAGGAGGUUCACUAUCCGCGCCGGACGCUAUAUUUUUGAUCCUGAGUACCGACGAGAAAACCAAUUAUCGUUGCGAGGGCGCCAAGCUGCGCUCUAUGAACCACAGUUUGAAGUUGAUGCCUGUGGUAUUGGUAUGAUUGCCAAUCUGAAUAAUACAAAAUCUCAUGAGCUUGUUGAUCAAGCUGUUGAGAUUUUAAUUAACUUAACUCAUCGUGGUGCAGCCGGUUCAGACGGCAAAACUGGUGAUGGUGCUGGUAUCCUUAUGCAAAUGCCAGAUGCAUUUAUGCGUGGGGUAACUAAAGCAGAAGGCAUCGAACUACCCCCUGAAGGUGAAUACGGUGUUGGUGUACUGUUUUUACGUUCAGAUGACGGUGUACAGCGUGAGGCACAGACCAUUAUAGAAAAAGUGACCGUAGCACGUGGCCAUGAAUUUUUAGGCUGGCGUACAGUACCUGUAGAUAGUACAGCUAUUGGUGAACUAGCGCGGCAAAAAGAGCCUGUAACUAAACAGUUUUUCAUCAAAAAAUCUUCUCGCUAUACAAAUCGUGAUCAUUUUGAGCGAGAGCUGUUUCUUGUUCGUAAACAGAUGGAACAUGAUCUACGUAGCGCAAGUUUGGAUAUUCCGGAAGACGUUUACUUUGUUAGCUUUAGUGCUAAUACCGUCAUUUAUAAAGGUCUACUACUUGCAGAUCAAGUUCAUCCUUAUUUUCCAGAUUUAAUAGAUUCGCGUAUGAGUUCGGCUAUUGCUUUGGUGCAUCAACGUUUUAGUACGAAUACCUUUCCUGAAUGGGAACUCGCUCAGCCGUUUCGUUAUCUAUGUCACAAUGGAGAAAUCAAUACCCUGCAAGGUAACGUAAAUUGGAUGGCAGCACGCGAAGCUCUGUUGUCCAGCCCGCAUUUUGGUGAAGAUGUUCGUCAUUUACAUCCUGUUGUUCGUGCUGGUGCUAGUGAUUCUGCUUGUUUCGAUAACGUUUUAGAAUUACUCCAUAUGGGUGGGCGUAGCUUGCCCCACGCCAUGAUGAUGAUGAUUCCAGAAGCCUGGGAACAAGACCAUCGCCUUACCCAAGAGCGAC